UUGGAGAUAACCAUGGGGUUUAGAAAUGAGACAACCAUGUCAGAGUUCACCUUGUUGGGGUUUCCUGCAGUCCAGCAUCUGGGAAAGGUCCUCUUCCUGGUGCACCUGCUGGCAUACCUAGCCUCAAUCACAGGAAACAUGUUUAUAAUCACCAUCACCUGGACUGACCAUCGCCUUCAAACACCUAUGUACUUCUUCCUCAGCAGUUUCUCUUUCUGUGAAUUCUGUUUCAUCACCACAGUUAUUCCUAAAUUGCUGUCCAUCUUUCUUUUAGGACAGCAAACAAUUAAUUUUACAUCUUGUCUCACACAGGCCUUUUCUUUUUUAUUUCUUGGGUCAACAAUUUUCUUCCUCAUGACUGUGAUGUCCUUGGAUCGAUACCUGGCCAUUUGCAAGCCUCUACACUACCCAACUAUCAUGAGCCUGAAGGUUUGUUUUCUUCUGGUGUUUUUCUGCUAUACCUUGUCCUUCAUUUUUAUCACUGGUGUGAUCCUGAAGGUUUCCCAGUUAUCCUUUUGUGGCUCCAACAUCAUACCUCAUUUCUUCUGUGACUUAGGCUCCUUAAUCCAUCUCUCCUGUUCUGAGACCAGAUCUAUUGAAAUGCUGGCCUUUGGUAUAGCUUUGUUUAUCCUUUUUAUAACCAUCAUUGCAUAUAGCAACAUAGUAGUCACAAUCAUGAGUCUUCCAUCAGCCAAGGAGCGACAAAGAGCUUUCUCCACCUGCUCUUCUCACCUCUUGGUCCUUUCACUGAUGUACGGCAGUUGUGUCUUCAUAUAUGUAAAACCAAAGCAAGCGAGCAGGCUGGACUCCAACAGGGAGGCUGCUCUUGUGAACACAGUGGUGACCCCACUACUGAACCCUGUGAUUUACACCCUGCGCAACAAGCAGGUCCACCAGGCUCUGAGGGAUGCUCUGUCCAGGGUGAAAUUGCAGAAAUAG